AUGGAGAGCAUCCCUGCUGAACUUAUAAAGAACGAAACCCAAAGUUUAGUGAACUUGGUGAAAAAUGAAGCUCAAUAUAUAUGUUGCUUCAAUAGUUAUGUUCAAGAGUAUGAGCAGGCAAAAAACAGAUUGAAAGCAAAACUCGAAGAUGUAAGGAGAAUAAUUGAUCAAGCUAGAGGUGUUUCUCUUGUCACAUCUGUGGCACUACAGUGGACACGUGAAGCUGAAGAACUCAUUCAUGUUGACACUAAGAAAGAGAAAUGCUUUAAUGAUUUGUGUCUUAAUUGCUGGCCUCAAUAUCAGAAAGGUAGAGACUUGGCGAAGAGGACUCUAGAUAUUGACAGACUUCUAAAGAGAUGUAACUUUGAUAUAGUGGCAGGUCCAACUGAUCUUCUAGGUAUAAAAUACCAUUGCUUACCAAAUUUCAUGCAUUUUGAGAGCAGAAAGUCAAUAUUUAAAGAACUUCAAAAGGCACUAGAAGAUGAAGAAAACAAUAUGAUCGGACUGGAAGGCUUAGGGGGAACAGGCAAAACUUCAAUGGCAACAGAAGUGGGUGCUAAAUUGGAAGGAUCCACAUUUGGCAAGGUCAUCUUUCUUGUUGUCUCUAAGCUUCCAGAUUUCAAACAUCUUCGAGGUGAAAUUGCUGCACGUUUGGAUUUGAAAUCAGAGGAUGGAGAGUACCGUGAAAAAAUAUUGACCAAAAUCAAAGAGUUAAAAGAGAAACUUCUUAUAGUACUGGAUGAUGUGUGGAUGGAGUUUGAUCUCAUGCAAGAGUUGGGGAUCCCUCCUCGCCACUUGCACAAGGGUUGCACUAUAUUGAUAACCACCCGGAGCAAAGAGAUUUGUACAAAAAUGGAUUGUCAAAGGAUCAUUCAUCUACAUGCAUUGAUUGAUAAGGAAGCAUUGCAACUUUUCCUCGAGCAUGCUAAUAGCUCCUCUACUUUGGAGAAUCUGGCGCAAAAAAUUGUGAAACAUUGCCAUGGAGUACCAGUUGUAAUUGUAGCUAUAGCAAGGUCAUUAAAAGGUCGACCUUUUAAAGUUUGGACAGAAGCCUUGAGGAACUUGCAAAGUGGUGAGUCAAUAUUUAAUGUUCGUGAUGAAGAUUUGAAGAAGGUCUAUGAAGGUUUAAAGUUAAGCUAUGAUAAUUUGAGAAAUGAAAAGGCCAAAAAGCUCCUAUUGAUAUCUUCUCUAUUCCCCGAAGAUUUUAAUAUUCCCAUGGAGUUUUUAAUUAGAAUUGGUGUAGGAAUGGGCCCUUUUGGUAAGGAAGUUGAUGACUACAACAAAAGAAGAAGAAAAGCACUUGAUGCUGUAGUGGAACUCCUAGGUUCUUCUUUAUUGUUGAAUGCUGAGAGGGAAUGUGUAAAGAUACAUGAUUUAGUUCAUGAAGUAGCCUUAUUGAUAGGACAAGAAGAUAUUCAAUCCAUCAUUAAAUCUGAACUAUCUGUUAGAAAAGGGUUGCAAUGUUUAUAUUGGAAAAAUGAUGAUUUUUCAAGACCUUUUGAUAGUCAAAACCUUGAGGUAUUAUUUCUAGUUCGAGAUGAUCGAAAGGAUUUGGAAGUCCCUGAUACAUUCUUUACAGAGAUGACAAAGCUCAAAGUUUUGUUUUUACAAAGUAAAGCUUGGCAUCGAAUUUCAGCUCCAUCACUGUUUCCAUUAAUUCAGUUAUUACAAGAUAUUCGAACUCUCAGGAUAAAGAAUUUUAAUUUACAUAGCAACAUCUCUAGGUUGGGAGGGUUAUCAAAUCUUGAGACACUUUGGUUGGAUGAUUGUUCAAUCAUUAAACCUGAAAAAAAAUUUGAGCUACAGAAGUUGAGAUUCUUAAGGAUAGAAAAUUGUGACAGUAAUAUGAAUAAUCCUUUUGAAUUGAUUGAAGCAUGCCCAAAGCUAGAGGAGUUGGCUUUUUUGAGUAAUGAUUAUGUCAAGCAGGAAGAAGAUACAAUUUCUCAAAAAGUAUCUCUUCCUUCCUUACAAAUAUAUCAAAUAUCUUCUAAGGGCAACUUUUUGGAUUAUUUUAAGCAAUGUGGUUCCCUGUCAAGAUGCUUUCAGCCAGGUAGUUUAACGCAUUUAAUCUCUGAGGCAACAUUUAGGCAACUUGCAAGAACAGCUGAGCUUCUUAGCUUAAGUGGGUAUGGAAAACAGAAAAAUCUUAUCCCUGACAUUGUUCCAGUAGAUGACACAGGUAUGACUGACUUGAUCAUUCUUCAAUUGGAUUCUUGGCCUGACAUGCAAUGUCUCAUUGAUGGUGUGAACAAUCGCUUUGACGUGAAGAAUGCCUUUUCCAAUUUAGUUGGACUAUAUCUUUCUAAAAUGGGACUAAGCAAUAUAUUAUUUAAUGGCCACUAUAACCUGUCUCAUCUGAAGACCUUGAAACUGAAGGAGUGUCCAAACCUGACGUCAAUUUUCCUCCCAUCCACUGCUCAAGGUCUUUUGCAGUUAGAAGAGUUGAACAUUGAGGGAUGUGAUGCGUUGGAAUGCAUUGUAGAAGAUAAGAGCUCAAGCGGGGAAAUAGCUGGUGGUGAUGGUGACAAUGAUCAAAAGAGCUACGACACUCUGUUUCCAAAGUUUAAAAUUCUUGAAAUUUAUAGUUGUGACAAUUUAGAAAUAAUAUUGCCAAUCCUUCAUGGUGGAUGGCCUCUGGAAAGAAUAAGCAUACGGUGGUGCAAGAAGUUGAAAUAUAUAUUUGAUAAGUUCCAAGAGGUCAAUCUUAUGCUCCCCUCUCUCGAAAGAAUGGAACUUUUUGGCCUACCAAGUUUGGUUGGUUUUUUCAGGGAGUAUGAAAAAUCCAUCUCUUCAUCACUGCAACAGCCAGCACCCAUGCCUCCAAGCACCAAGACACGUUCUUUUUCUUGGGCUCAAGUAUGUUGUUUUAAAUCAAAGGCGACAAGUGAAGAGGCUGUUGAUGCUGUUUCUACAAAGAGAUUGCUUGAUGAAGGAAUCCCACAGGAAUUAGACGCAUUUGGAAGCAUUUAUCCAAGGUCCAUUGCUUUGUCAGGGUUCUCAGAGUUUACGAGACCUUUCAAUGAAUUUUUGAUUCGUUGGCAUACAAAACAACAGGAACCAAAG